GCUGGCUAACUAUCUUUGUCCUUCUAUUUACCCCUCCUUUGUCCUCCUCGAGCUCGAUAGCUUUUCUAGAUCCCCCUCUUCGUACUCGUUGUUUCGAAUGAUUUUUACUUAGUCGUUAGCUCUUUUCGCAAAUUAUAUGAGAAGGGCGUGGUGAGCGCGGGCUUGGCUUGAAGAAUGGCUUCACGUUCACUAACGGCGCUAGCUGCUGGUCUUACACUUGUGGGCGAGGUUUUAGCUCAGUCUGCCAACGAAACUGUCUGGGCUUCUUUUGCAUAUGUCUUAUACGGCGAGCGCACACCUUUUCAAGGAGAGCUCGUCCCCAGCUUGACUCCACUGGGCGCACAGCAGCUCUACUCCCAAGGAUCACUAUUCAGAGCGCGGUACUUGUCCAAUUCUAGCUUAUCAGAUGAAGACAACGCCAUAACGACGAAUUCACCUAUCGUCGGUAUAGAGCGCCAGGCCCUCGAUAACAGCCAGCUUUCUAUCUUCAGCAGCACAGAUGACUAUGUAGUCGGAAGUGCUCUAGCCUUCCUACAGGGUCUUUACCCUCCUGUUACUCAGACUUUCGCCUCCAACAAUGGUGGUGACAACGCAUCCACACUGGCUAACGGUACCGUGGUCAACUACCCUCUGGAUGGUUACCAAUAUCCCAAUAUUCGGAACGUCCCUACUACGGAUCCGAGUUCUGUUUGGCUUGAGGGAUAUGCGACGUGUACGGAGUACUGGUCGUCGAGUCUAGACUUUCAGAGUAGCGACGUAGCUCAGAAGAUGUACAAUACGACAUCUUUCUUCUACCAGAGGACUUGGGAGGAGGUAUUCCCAAACACGCUGCCGGAUUCUAUGCUAAAUUUCGACUAUGCAUACGACUUGUACGACUACGCCCAAUAUGCGUACGACCACGACAAGUCAGUGCGUGACUCUCUCAAUGAGGAUCGCCUAGCAAUCUUACGCGACUUAGCCAGCAAGCAACAGUUCGAUCUGAAUGGUGACUUAUCAGCCUCGGGAUCUCAAGAGGGUGACAUGAUUAGGGCUAUUGGGGGUCGCACGCUCGCGGCUAAAGUAGUAACUCAGCUCAGGACGCAUAUGAACUCGGCGGGCUCUACGGAAAAGAUGACGCUGAUGUUCGGCUCUUUCGAGCCAUUAUUAGCCUUUUUCGCGUUGGCCGAUCUAAUCAACGUAUCUGGAACGUUCAGCCAGAUCCCGGACCCUGGCGCCGCCAUUGUAUUCGAGCUAUUCACCACCGAAGACAACGUAGAAUACCCCCGUGAAGACAACUCUUGGGUGCGGUUCCUAUACCGUAACGGCUCGGGUCCUGAUGUUCCGCUCACUGAGUAUCCGCUCUUCGGCCGGGGUAACUCGGAGACACGCAUGACCUGGACUGACUUCCAAGCCGCUAUCGACAAGUUCGCCAUUUGGGAACUCUCAGACUGGUGUAACGUGUGCUCUUCCGUUGCGCUAUUUUGUAGCGCACUAAGUCAUAGCUCUGGGAGCUUGGAUGACUCUUCGGAUAGUAGUAGCAACGGAGCUAACCAGAACAGCAAUGCUUCCCUAUCUCCGGCAGUUGCUGGUGUCAUCGGUGCCCUAACUACCAUUGCAGUACUCAUUCUUGCCAGUAUGACAGCUUUUGUUUUCGGUGGUCUACGCAUUCGGCGUAGGGAUCCCUCGGAUGCCUCUCGCCGUCGUAGCAGUCUAGGCGGGUUCAAGGGCGCUGAGAAGAUGGCGUCGGACCAUGAUGUCUCUGUUGCCAAGAACGGCGCGAGACACGAGCGCGUGGGCAGCUGGGAGCUCGGCGCACCGUCUGCGACCGGGAAUAUUACCACUCCAGCUCCUGUUGCGGUUCCUGGGAGCGGUUCCUUUGGUGCCUCUAUUAGGCGGAAUGUGAAAGAUGACGAUGGAGACAGCCUUUUAGGAGCCUCCCCGGUAGACCCUAUAGAGCGUGUUUAGGAAACCCCGGGGAGCAAGCACGUGAAACAUUUUAAAGGGGAGUGUUGGUACCAACACUUGUUUUAUUCGGCUUUUUUUUCCUUGGUCGGUUAGUCUCAUUCUCUACAAUCAUUGAUACCCAAUAUCAUAGAGGCUUAGGGUCUCGUGGGCGUGCUAGCUUAGGG